GCCAAAUUUAACCCCGGAGGGUAGGUGAAGUGGGCGGUAGGAGGGAGGGGAGCUGGACUUGGCCGUGAGUGUGUCUCAUAGCCGCAGCAGCAACAGCAGGAGGUCAGGAGUGAACAGUCCAGGAGAAGACCUCAGGAUAGCCCUAAACAUACCCACAUAGAAAGGGCACUGCACGACACAGUGCGGCCGUGUGGAACAGAGUUGUUGUGGCCUGCAGAGGUCCAGAUUUCCUGUCCAUUCAAGGGCAUUGCUGCGGGCCGGAGAGCGAGCUAAAGAGGCCUGUGGCUGAGGCCUUCGAGGGAGGGGACCACAUGGAGCCACAAAGACUUGAUGAGCUUCGCUGCUGGAAAUGUGUGAGCUGACAAGCCCCAAGUGUAAUCUAUUACUACCGCUGCAGUCAUGGGUGACUGGAACCUGCUGGGAAAGCUGCUGGAGAAGGCCCAGGAGCACUCCACGGUUGUGGGCAAGGUCUGGCUGACCGUCCUUUUCAUCUUCCGCAUCCUGGUCCUCAGCGCCGCAGCCGAGAAGGUCUGGGGUGACGAGCAGUCAGGCUUCACCUGCGACACCAAGCAGCCCGGUUGCGAGAACGUCUGCUACGACGUCACGUUCCCCAUCUCGCACGUGCGCUUUUGGGUCCUGCAGAUCAUCUUCGUCUCAACGCCCAGUCUGAUCUACCUGGGCCACAUCCUCCACCUGGUGAGGAUGGAGGAGAAGCAGAAGCAGAGGGAGAAAGAGCAGGCGCAGAACAGUGAGAAGCAGCAGUUCAUCGUGGAGGUUAAGAGCAGCAGGAAACCCUUCGUCAGGGAUGACAAGGGCAGAGUCCGCCUGCAGGGGGAGCUUUUGCGCACCUACGUCUUCAACAUCAUCUUCAAGACGCUGUUCGAGGUUGGCUUCAUUGUGGCACAGUACCUUCUCUACGGCUUCCAGCUGAAGCCCCUUUACACCUGCGACCGCUCACCCUGUCCCAACACCGUGAACUGCUACAUCUCACGCCCCACAGAGAAAACCAUCUUCAUCAUCUUCAUGUUAGGAGUGGCCAGCCUGUCCUUGUUCCUCAAUCUCAUCGAGAUGUACCACCUGGGCUUCACCAAGUGUCGACAGGGCCUCCGGUACCACCGCAUGCAGGUCUCCUCUGAGUUUAUCACUAAGGAGCCCAGCGAAACAGCCGUGCCUUUCGUGCCCAGCUACGACGACUACUUCCACAGUCACCACCACACGGUGCAGCCUGCUUACCCCCCGGUGCCCUCCUACAACCUCUCUCCCCUGUCAGAGGAGACAGACUCCGCCUACCAGCCGUACCACAGCAAGGCUGCCUACAAGCAGAACAAGGAUAACCUGGCGGUGGAGAGAAGCAGCAGCAAGCCAGAGGAUAUGGAUCUGAAAGGGAAGAAGGGGGGAGCAGGGAGUGUGGGGGGAUCAGCUCCUGGGUCACCCAGCAUGGUCAAGUCCAACCGUCAAGCCAAACACAGCAACAACAAGACCAGAAUAGAUGAUCUGAAGAUCUGAGAAGGCUGAUGGUCUAGGGUUGCUGUCGAGGGGUCUAGUGUUGCCUCUUAAGCAUUCUGGGGUGUCAAACCACAAGCACCCCCUCCACACACACACACACACACACUGGAAAUGGUAGAGCUUUGACUCAUUCAGUCUCCAAUGGGAGUGACAGCUGUCACUAUAAUGUUGAAUGCUAAAAUGCUAUCUGUGGCAGCGAAUAGGGUUUUGCGAGGACAAUUCCUUUGGGUUUGACGUCUUGGAUCUUUGACGUCUUAAAUCUUCCUCUAUUUUUAUUGGAACAUUUGAAAGUAUAAGUGGAAUGUACUGUACUGUUUUUGUAUUUAUUCACAUUUUUGAUUAAGGUAUAUGAUGAUAUUUAUUCCAUCAGAUAGAACUUCAUGGUCGGAGAACACAGAUUUUCAAGCUCAGAUGUUCUUUGUUACUCCAUAUCAACACAGACUUUACACUUUAUGAGUUACAUACAAAAGACAUCUGUAAAAUAUUGGUUUGAACAUGUAUUAUCUUCAUUAGAUACAAUUCUGUGGUACAUUUCUGUUACUUUUUUAACAUGGCAUAUUUUAAACCUCCUAGCCUAUUUACACAUCAGCAGAUCCAUCUGUUAAAACAUCAUGCAGAACAUUCGCAUUAAUACAUUUCUCAGCUAACAACAGAAAGGUAAAACAUGCCUAAAAAGUUAUUAUAGGUGAAUUAUUUCUUUCUAGUUUUUUGUCUUUCCUUGCUGUCUUAAUGUGUAAAAACCAGAUAUCCCAAAAAGUUUUAAAUAACUUCCAGAACUAUUUUGGGGUCACCUAUUUGGUUGCAUGCACCCCAUUAUUGCUCCACAUUCACACAUUGUGUGUCUCACAAAUAUGGUCUUGGAAUCUGAAGGAAUCUGCCAUGGCAAUAUAUUUGAAUUUGAAUCGCUCUGGAUAAGAGUGUCUGCUAAAAUGACUAAAUGUUUGAAAACAAAAUUAUUCAUAAAGUUUAACAACUGAAUCCAGACAAGACAUUCUGAGAACCCUUGUACUCCAUAACAAUUUGACAGCAACAUCCCUUUCAGGUGUCAGGGCACUCUGACUGAGUCAGUACUGUAUGUUCACAGUUAAGGCAUGUAAAGGAAUAUGGUCCAUCACUGUCGGUUAACAUGUCACUUUGUUAACAACAAGACUGCUGUGCUUGAACAGAAAUAAACAUGUUAUGUA